GGCCUCCACCCAAGUGCAGCGAUGACUCCGCAACAGAACCUCGCCGGUCGUCGGUGUGGCUGGCCCCAUUUCGGCUUCUUUGGUCCUGGCUGGUCGGAGUGUGUCGUGCCCUCGGAAACCUCGGCACUGCGGCGACAGCUCCGGGUCGCGCGCCGCUGCAGGCGGAGGCAAGCGCUGCUCGGUCCUGCCCGGCCAAGCCAGCGACGAAGACAAACAUGUCCGAUGCCUUGGGCAGACAGCUGUUGACGCUGCUUUUCAGUCGGAAGGGUGGGCAAAUCGUCGUGGAGCAAGACGUGGAGCAGGCAUGCGAAGCCUACCUGCGCGGCCGCCCAUGGAACUCGGCACAUGCUGCGGAGCUCAUCGUCAUGCGCGGCCCGCCGGGAGUGGGCAAGUCCACGCGCGCGCGGGAGAUCUUGUCGGAAAGGCUGGGUUUAGACAUCGCUCCUUCCCUCGCGCAGCAGCUGCUGCAUAUUUGCUCUACGGACGACUUUUUCACGAAGUUCCAAGGGGCUGGGCAGGUCUACACCUACGACAAGUCCAAGCUUGGCCGCAAUCAUGCCAAGAAUCAGGAACGCGUGAAGAUCCUCACCAGACUGGGUGUAACGCCCAUUCUCGUCGACAACACGAACAUGUCCAGAAAGGAGAUGUCGCCCUACCUCCGCCUGGCUCAGGAAGCUGGGUACAGGACGCAGAUUGUGGAGCCCAGCGAGCUGCAGAAGGACUGGAAGGACCUGGCCAUGCUUCUCGAGAGGAACCGCAGACGCCAG